CAUCAAAGCAUCUAUAAAUCCAAGAAAACAUCACGAAAGAGAGAAUAAAAGGACUGAAAGGGAUCGAACUACAUCGCAAACGAAACACAUCUCACGUGCGAACAGGUUCUUCCAACAACCAACUCCGACCAUCACCGGGCAAAUCUUUUCCAUGUUAUUUGAAAUUAGUAAAAGCACUUUUAUAUAUCAAAACAAUUGGCAAUUGGAAUUUAGGGUUCUUGUUACAGCACAUCUCCACGUCUAGCUAGGAAUUACAAUUGGAAAAUUGUACGAAUCUGAUCUACUAAUGUCCCAAACUCCCAACCAACCCAUCUAGGAGCUCAACUCUGUCCUCAAUCAAGGAACCAUUGCUCAGUUUUGAACUAUCGCUAUCAUUACUCAUUAGUCUUGGGGAAUUCGUGCACUGGUUCUUCUCUGUGUGACUGCCAAUCUGAGUUCUAUAGACACCAGUCAACACAAUGGCCUAUGAAUUGACUGAGCAAAAACGAGUUGGACUUGGGCUGAUUGGUUUUGGCUUCUUUUUUACAUUUUUGGCUGUAAUCCUUUUCUUUGACAGGGGAUUGCUUGCUUUAGGAAAUAUGUUUUGGUUAAUCGGAGUGGCACUUUUACUUGGUUGGCAUUCUACAUGGAACCUAUUUACCAGUCGAGCAAAUUACAAGGGUUCUGCAUCAUUUCUUCUCGGCCUCUUCUUCAUUUUUGUUCGCUGGCCCAUAAUUGGCAUACUUUUGGAGAUUUGUGGCUGCUUUCUUCUCUUUGGUGGUUUUUGGCCCUCAAUUAAAGGAUUUUUGUACCAGAUUCCAGUUCUUGGAUGGGUUCUUCCGUACCCCAUCAUGGGCUUGGAUCGGAGGUGGUGGGACAUCCUUACCCCCCGAAGAUAUGUCGAUGAGCUUCGCACGGUUUGACAACGACCAACUUGACUAACUACUCGUGGUGAUUCUCGAAAGUCUGUGGAGGGGCUCUGGGUGAUCACUUCAAACUGUAAGCUUAUGUGAUAGUUGACACCAAACCAAUUUGAUCAUAUGUAGAUUUCAUCUUCAGAAGCUUUGAAUGGAAUAUUUUGAAGGUUAGUACAUUGAUUCUCUGAUCAGAUUUUAUAACUCUGAAACAAUGUGGUGCAGUUAAUAGAUUCAUGAUAUAGCUUUCGAAUGUUGUUUACAAGUUCUUGCAUGUGUAUACGUACACUUUUUCAUUAUCACGCUGAAAGUAGAACUCAGCAUGAACAUCAACGCUUUCCCUUGACCUUAAUCAACUUUUUGGCUUAUGUUCCAUCUGUCAUGUACCAAAUCUUAUUUUUAGAACAUUCUUCCAGGCUGUUUAGUUAUAUGGUUAUCGAGGUUGUUAGUAUCAAAGUUGUUUGUUCACUAUCUAAUAUUUGGGGUCACUUCUUUCUCUUGAUGGUAUUGAUUUUGUUAAAAUCUUUUUGGGGGUUGGUUUGGAAUCUUUUGAUUAACAGGUUCUGUUCAAA